UCUUCAAAAACUUGUACUGUAUACACACUGUAUAUACUAUCUACAUCUUUUACUUCUUUUAAUAAAAACUUAGUAUAAUUGUUGAGCAUAGAAAUUCGUCUUCAAUUAGUGGGUUCCUUACCCGCCUUACCCAGCAAGAAGAUAUUACAUGGUGUCAGAAGUGGGAUAUCUUUGAAGACAACAGCUGGAUUCGAUUCGCAAGAAACGUUUGGUUUAAAGCUCAACAAUUUGGAAGUUCACACCAUCUGGACCUAGGGAGUCCUGCUUCGAGAGGUGUCCGAGAAGCCAGGAGUUACUCCAGAGUCUACGCCUAGGAGGAAGCGGUGCGCAACGCUAUUCAGAGAGGAGAACUUCGCUAAGUUGGUAGCAACAAGGCUUUGGAGACGCACUACGACCCGAUAUCCCCAGGGAAGUCGCAGUCACGCCCAUUGCAGCUGGUGCCGCGAGAUACGGCGAGAGGCAACCCCAGGGACGAGCCUCGAACCGAGAACUGCAUCGCUUGGAGCUACUCUACCUUACUUUUCUGUAAAAGGAAGGACAAGAUGAAAACAAUUCGUCUGUGGAUUGUCGGAAUUAGUCUCUUCCUUUGUUGUGAGUGUUUAAAGCCUGAACUUGUAGAAGUUAUAACAUCUGAAACAGGUAUUUAUUUUGACGAAGUGGGCCAGAUCUCAUUCUACCCCAUGACAUGGAAGGUUGUAAGUUACAUUGAUUUGAAACCGACACGUGAUCUCUGGAGAAAAGUAAAAGAGCACCAGAAACGCGUUUCGCAAUACUGCCAUGGGUUGGAAAGCGCUCCCUGGUACCACCUGACAGAUUGUAAUUCUUUUAAAGCAUAUGUUAACAAAAAGGUCUAUUACAUUGAUUCUUUGAAAGACCUAGUAGCAGAAUACCUGAAAACAGAUGUAUCUUACCGAAGGAAGCGAGGGGUUUUAGACUUUGUAGGUGAAAUUUCCAAGAUUCUGUUCGGAACCUUGACGCAAGCAGAUGCAAGAGAGUACAAUUCACACAUUAAUCAGUUAGAACGCGAACAACAAGAGUUUUUACAUAUUUCUUCCGAACAGAUGACAGUAAUCAAAUCUACUGUUAAUUCAGUGAAUUUGACAAUGAGACGUAUAAAUCAAAAUGAAAAAGUUUUAAAGGACAGCUUAAUCAAAUUAGACAAAAAAGUGAGUAAUGCCACUCUUGAAUUACAACAAGAAAUAGAGCAAGUGACUACGGCCAAUAUGCAAAUUAAGACUAUAGAACGAGGGUUAAUGGAAUGUCAGCAUGGAUAUGAAAUUUUAGUAGAUGCAUUGAUUCAUGCAGAACAAGGGACGUUUCAACCGCAAUUCGUAACUGCCGAGAAGAUCAAAACAGUUGUAACAGCUCAAAAGUUGCCUACUGGAGUUGACUAUCCUUCAUUUCCUUUUUCAGAGUUACAGCACAUUAUUGUACCUCAUAUCUAUUCACACAACCAAUUUCUCGUGUAUGUACUUGACAUACCCUUGCUCUCCUCAACACUAUUCCAUCUAUAUAAAAUACCCCCUUUUCCUACAUUCAAACAAGAUAAUGUCUUUUCUUUUAAAUAUUCCUCGAAAGAUUAUAUAUUUAUGGAUUCUCUGAAAAGACAUGUUGAGGAGUGGCCGGAGCUGAUCGGUGCAGUGCAGUGCAUGUCUUCAAGUACCCAAAUGUUAAAGCAGUACAAUGUGAGUGCUCGCAGAUUAAUUGAGUUGGCAGGCUGUGUUUUUGAAUACAAG